AUGACACCUGUUACUGAAAAAGUAGAAUCACCAUUUCCAACAAGAGCUAGAGAUGGCUCUGACGUCUGUGAAUUGCUCCCUUUAGGUGAGUAUCUGUACUUGAAACUAGCUCAAAUUGGUACUAAAACUAUUUUUGGUGUUCCUGGAGAUUUUAAUCUAAGCUUAUUAGAAUUAUUAUACACUCAAAAGGUAAAAGAUAGUGGCUUGAAAUGGGUUGGAUGUUGUAAUGAAUUGAAUGCUGCCUAUGCUGCAGAUGGUUACUCGCGUUAUACUAAUAGAGUUGGAUGUGUUGUUACUACAUAUGGUGUGGGAGAAUUAAGCGCUUUAAAUGGUAUUGCUGGUGCUUUUGCAGAAAAUAUUAAAUUACUCCAUGUAGUGGGAGUUCCACCAACAAAGUAUAACACACUAAACCACAACAUUCAUCAUUUAGUUCCACGCUUAAAAUACUCAAAUCUUUUAGCCCCGAAUAAAGAAGUUUAUAUGGAAAUGGUAAACGAAAAAGUGUGCUGUUUCUAUGCAAAUAUUACAGAUUUGAACCAAGCACGUUGGCAAAUAGAAAUUGCAAUAAAGCAUAUUUUUCAAUAUAAUUUACCUGCUUAUAUUUUUAUCCCUACUGAUUUCCAAGAUGCUUUGAUUCCAAUUAGUGUUAAUGAACAUUUGUCUAGGGAAGAUAUAAUGCCUAUUGAAGAAAUUGUUGAAAUUCCCCUUUUACCAAGCCUAGAAAUGGUUUCUGUGUGUGAUUACAUUCUAUCAUUACUUUAUUCGUCAAAGACUCCAUGUAUUAUUGGCGAUAUAUUAGUAGAAAGGUUUGGUGUAACAAAACAAAUUAAUGAUUUAAUUCACAAGACAAAAUUAUGGAAUUUUUCAACAUUUAUGAGUAAAGGGGUUUUAAACGAAUCGAAUCCUUAUUAUCAAGGUGUUUAUUUUGGAAAAUUGAGUCAAGAUCAUAUUGUUAAAAAAAUUCAGAUGUGUGAUUUAAUAAUUCAUUUUGGAGUGGUUGAAAAUGAAAUUAAUACUGGAUAUUACUCAUUCAAUUAUAAACCAGACUCCGUCCUAAUUCAAAUACAUCCAGAUUAUGUUAGAAUUACACAAUUCCAACAUAAUAUUAGAACUGAUUACAAAGGCAUUGAAUUUAGAACUUUUGUAGAUAUGGUUACAAAAGGUGUUCAACCAAAUUCCAUUAAUACAACAUACAAUAGGUUAUUUUCACCUUCUUCUCAUGCAUAUCUCUUUCCAUUGGAACAAGAAGAAGACGGCCCCAUUUCCCAUGAUUAUUUGGAAACAAUCAUCCCAAGGUAUAUUAACCCUGGUGAUGUAGUUGUGUGUGAAACUGGAAGCAUUCAAUUCACCAUGGUAAAUACUAGACUUUCAAGUGAUGUAGAAUAUAUUACUCAAGGCUUCUAUUUAUCGAUUGGAAUGGCAAUACCAGCUUCCUUAGGUAUAGGAAUGGCAAUGAGAGACUACCCAAAUUUGCAUUUAUCAAAAAAAUCCUCACAUUCAAAUGUACCACCAAAUUAUAAACCUAGGUUAAUUUUACUAGAAGGUGAUGGGGCAGCCCAGAUGACUGUUCAAGAAAUCACGAACAUAAUUAAAUAUAAGAUUCCUAUUGAAAUAUUAUUGUUGAAUAAUCAAGGAUAUACAAUAGAAAGAGCAAUCAAAGGUGCAGAUAAAGAGUUCAAUGAUAUUUGUGAAUGGAAUUGGCCACAACUAUUAAAUGGACUUGGUGGCAAUUUAGAUGAGACAAAAAAUAAAUAUAAAUUUUUUUCUACCACAGAACUUUAUGAAAAGUUAAAACAAUUAAAAGAUUAUCCAGGAAAAGAAACAUUUUCGUUUGUGGAAGUUAUUCUAAAUAAAUUAAAUAUACCAACUACACUUAUCAAAAUGGCUAGUGAAUUAGAGCAUAAAGAAACAAAAUAA